AUGAAACAAAGAAUUACUAACCUUGAUCUUCUGAUCUUAACGUCAGAGUUUCAAAGUCUUGUAAAUUAUAGACUUCAAAACAUUUACAAUGUUUUACAUUCAUCGAGACAAUUCUUAUUGAAAUUCAGUAUUCCUGACUCCAAACAUAUAAUGGUGGUAGAGUAUGGGAAUCAUGUGCAUUUAACAGACUUUGAGCGUCCUACAGAACCAACUCCUUCGGGAUUUGUCACCAAAUUGAGGAAACAUUUGAAAACUAGAAGAUUGAGUGCCAUCAAACAAAUUGGCAAUGAUAGAACUUUAGUUUUACAAUUCAGCGAUGGGAUGUUCUACCUUGUUUUCGAAUUCUUCAGUGCCGGUAACAUUCUUCUUUUGGAUGAGAAUAAAAGAAUCAUGAUUUUACAAAGAACCGUCAAUGAUGAAAAGGUUGAUAAGUAUGCUGUCAAUGAGAUUUAUCAUAAAUUCGAUGAUACUUUGUUCCAACCUCAAGAAUAUCAACCUAGACAAUACAGUGAAGAUGAUGUGAAACUUUGGAUCGACCAACAAAAGGAGAAAGCAGCAAGUACCAGUAAGAGAAAUAAAAAUUACAGUAUUCAAAAAUUAUUGUUCAGUAAGAUUAGUCAUUUAUCAUCAGAACUCAUCUUGAAGAAUUUGGUGGAGAGGAAAGUUGAUACCACGAAACAGUUGGAUCAAUUUGAUGAUGAAGAUUUGUCUAACAUCAUUGUUGCAUUGAAUCAAUGUGAAGAUACCUAUGUUAAAUUCAUUUCUUCACCCACCUCAGGUUAUAUCGUCACCAAGAAGAACCCCAAUGCCAACGAUGAAACCCCUGAAGACUUAAAAUUCUUAUAUGAAGAUUAUCAUCCUUUUGAGCCGUACAAACCCGGAGAUUUCAAAAUAGAGAAGAUUGAAGGAUCUUAUAAUAAAGCCUUAGAUAAAUUUUAUUCCCACAUAGAAUCCAAGAAGAAUGAAUUGAAGAUCGAACAACAAAAGGCAGCAGCAGAGAAAAGAUUGAAUCACGCUAAGAAUGAAAGAACCAAACAGAUCGAAAACUUACAACGUGAAGCUGAGUUGAACAUUAAAAGAGGUGAUGCCAUCAUUUUCCAUGCUGAUUUAGUUAAGCUGUGUGUUGAGUCGGUGAAGACCUUGAUCGAUCAAUCAAUGGAUUGGAAGAAUAUCGAAAGUUAUAUUGAUUUGGAGAAGAAGAAUGGGAAUCCUAUUGCCGAGGUUAUUCAAUUACCAUUGAAGUUAUUGGAAAACAAGAUUAGAUUAAGUUUACCAGAUGACGAUAGUUUCGAACCAAUGGUCGAAGACAGUGAUUCAGAUAGUGAUAGUGAAUCAAGUAGUGACAGCGAAAGUGAUUCUGACAGUGAUAGUGAUUCUGAUAGUGAUAGUGAUAGCGAUUCUGAUAGUGACAAUGAUAGUAGAGCCAAAUCCAAAAAGACAAAACCUAAGAAGCAAACCCUUUCAGUAUGGAUAGACAUCACUCAAUCACCUUACGCCAAUGCUAAACUUUACUUUGACUCUAAAAAAACUGCUGAAACCAAACAGGCCAAAGUAGAGAAAAACACAGGUUUGGCAUUAGAGAAUGCUCAACGUAAGAUAGCCCAAGAUUUGAAACGAUCAUUAGCCAAAGAAUCUGAAUCCUUAUCGUUGAUUAGAGAUAAGUUCUGGUUCGAGAAAUUUUACUGGUUUAUCACUACUGAUGGUUAUUUAUGUCUUUCAGGUAGAGAUGAUCUUCAAACUGAUAUGAUCUAUUAUCGUUAUUUCAACGAUAAUGAUUGGUUUGUUAGUUCCGAUAUUGAAGGAGCAUUCAAAGUAUUUAUUAAGAACCCCUAUAAAGGAGAGUCCGUACCUCCAUCAACCUUAUGGCAAGCAGGAAUGUUUGCAUUGAGUUCAUCAGUUUCUUGGACUAACAAAUCUUCAAGUUCAGCAUGGGUCUUACCUGGAAACCAAGUAUCCAAAAAAGACGUCGAUGGAAGUCUAUUAUCAGUUGGUAGAUUCAAUUUUGGUAAAAAAGACCAUAUGCCACCUGUACAAUUAAUGAUGGGAUUAGGAUUCUAUUUUGUUGGUGACGAAGAUGUUGUCAAACGUAGAAGAGAAAAGAGAGUGAAAAGAGAAGAAGAUAUUGGAUUGAAAGUUGUAUUAGAUAACAAAAAAGCUGAUAUUGAUGAUUCAGUUAUCAGACAAAAGAUUUUGGAACAAGAAAAAGCUGAAAAGGAAGGAGAUGAAGUAGAAAAACCAACCAAGGCUGAAGAAGAAGACGAAGGUGAAGUAGAACAACGCCAACAAGAAGAUUCUGGAUCCACUGAUUCAAUAACUAAAGACUUGUCCAAAUUGAAUAUUGUCAAGAGAGGUAAAAAAUCCAAAUUGAAGAAAAUGGCCAAGAAGUAUGGUGAUCAGGAUGAAGAAGAUAAGUUGAUGGCCAUGGAAGCUUUAGGAACUUUGAAGCAAAAGCAACAAUAUGAAGAAGAACAGAACGCUAAACCAGAACCAACAUCCCAAUUUGAAUCAAGAGACAAGUUCUUAGCUAAAAAGAAGAAACAAGAUGAAAAAGAAGUUAGAAAGUAUUUAUUGAAUCCUAGUAACGAGGAAUUCAAUUUCUUAGAAGAUCUUGAUUGUCUUUUAUCCAAACCAUCAGCCAAUGAUACUUUAGUCAACGUUGUACCAGUUUUUGGUCCAUAUUUCUCCUUAUCUAAAUUCAAAUACAAAGUCAAAAUUCAACCUGGGAAUAAUAAAAAAGGAAAGAGUAUCGACGAAAUGUUGACUUAUUUCAAUAAUAGGAAGAUUGGUAAUAAAGAUGAGAGUGAAAGUGAUUGGGCAAAUGAAAGAGAAUUCAUCAAGCAAUUGAAAAAUAAUGAUAUUCUCCCAACAUUACCAUUAUCUAAGUUAAAAGUAGUAAUCCCCUCUGAUGCUAAAGGUGGAGCUUCAAAAGGAGGAGCUUCUAAAGGAGCAAAAGGAAAGGCUAAACCUAAAGCUAAAGGGAAGAAGAAGUAA